AUGGCAAGACUGGGGGUUGCCUUUUCAGACGAUCCUCUAGUUGAAAAGUACUAUGGGCAGCGGCAUCGAUUGUGGUCGCGAUUUGAUGAGGGUGUGUGGAUGACACAAAGGGGUUGGUGUGAGGUUACACCCGAAGCUAUUGCGCGUUCCUCCGCUGAACUCCAUAAAACUCUGAAGAAGACAACCUGUGUCCUUGAUCUUUUUUGUGGAUGUGGUGGAGAUACGACCCAACUAGCUCUGGUUUAUGACAAGGUUAUCGCUGUUGAUAAAGACCCAGAUGCCAUAGCGGCUGCUAAAAAGAAUGUGGAGGUUUACGGUGUGGGAAAUCGCGUUUCUUUUCACUGUUGUGAUUUCCGUAGCUUGAAACCAGAUAAUCUAGAGGUUGAGGCGGUACAUUGCUCCCCUCCAUGGGGAGGACAGUUAUAUGCUGCUUCACCAACUUUUGACAUCGAGAACUCUCUACGUGAAGCUAUAGGUAUGGAUUUUUCAGAGCUUUUUAGGUUUAUUACGGCAUUCUCAAAAAAUAUCACCAUAUUUUUGCCCCGUAAUGUCCUUUUGUACUCUGUUAUUCCUCGUGGGUUUAGGGGGAAUUUUGCUGUAUACAGGCAUUACUUGAACGAGAGAUGCAAGGCUGUCACCCUUUAUUGGGGUGAUCUGUUAGACUGUUCUUCACUAAAAGCACCCGCUGCACCAGCAUAUUCUUUAAAAAAUAAAAUACUUCCACGUCCUCAGAAACGAGUUCGUGGUCAAUGA